AAAAAUCUACGGUAAUUCGAUAGUUGUCAUUUGACGAGAGACAAGGCCAGGGUGUGGAGCAGGUUAUGAGGCUCGUGAAUUCAUGUGUGCAGGAUUUCUGUAAUAUUUUUAAAUGUUUUAUUCAGCUGUCAAGGUUCUUUGAUUAUCAACUGUCAAACUACCUAAUAAACCGAGAAAAAUCCAUCGUUCUUUCAUAUAUAAUUAAAGUGAUUACCCUUAUUUGUCCUGAUGUGAAAUGUAAAUAAAAGUGAAACGCGCAUAGUAACCUGUACUUAUUUAGGAGGCGGGAAAAUUACAAAGUGUGCAACUGGGAGGCUCGAUCGGUUUCUUCUAGUUCGCGGGAAAGAAAAUCAAGCAGCAAAAAAGACCAGAAGCAAGUUAUAAAUUCUGCACUGAUGAUUGGUUGUUGUGCACUGCGGCAACAGUCGGGGACAUACAAUCAUCGGUUCUUCUUUCCUCGAUGUUAUCAAUAAUCCAUGGAUACGCGAUAUGACGGAUCAACCACGUCAACGACGUCUACAGGAUGCACUUAUAUAUCUGGAAAACGUGAAGUAUAGGCAAGCAGUUUACAAUAUACAUAGAUAUAUGUAUACAUAACUUAUACAGUCGAUAAUAUUGAGCAAAUACGAUUUACAAUCGCAGAAUAUGGUCACUUAUUCGACUUAUUACAGUAUAUUUUAAUACUUAUACUUGUAUUAGUAGGUAUAUAAGAGACGAAUCGACGUAGCAAAAAAUUGAUAAAAAUAGAAAGAAAAAAGAUAAACCGAAGGCAAAGAACGUAAUCGCUGAUUGAAAAGUUGGUAUAAGUAUGCGCGUAUGCGAUACUCCAAGCACGCAUUGAACUCUCCCGGCAGUCUGACGUGAAUCGCAUAUUUCGUUCUUACGAUCGGAAGAAAUAUUCGUAUCCUCUCAUAACGUGAUAACAUUAGGAGCUUAAGAGCUGAAUUUGUUAGCGGUAUCCAGUAACUUUCGCCAUACGGAAAACGGCCUAGCGAAAACCGGAAGUUCGGUAGAACCGGCACGCGGGUCUUCCCAUUCUUUUAUAUCUGAGUCAGUUGUUAGCAUGUACUGUUUUCAUCCAUCUUCAGUCUUGACUUGUCCGUUGCCGUGAGUGUUGCUCGCUUCGUACCCCUGCAGUGCAUUUUGAAAAAUUAUCAACAAUAUUCUUUUCUCCUAGAAUUGUGUAGCACAUGAGUAAUCUUCUUGUACACUUUCUCAACACCAUAGCAUUUUGCUAGGUUGACUCUUAUUACUUUAUUACUGAACUCUUUAUUUUAUUAUAGCUGCAGUUUGCCUCUUUACACAACACAAAUACGUUGAAGAUUCCUAGUAUUCGCAACGUACAAAGUUAUUAUCUUAUAAUACAACUACAGGGAGUAGUAAGUGAGCCGCGGAACCGGCGUCGGGGUUACUGCUCUCUAUCUGCAGUUAUAGCGGCUGAAACAUCAGAGGCUUCUCGAGGACGGCAUAUACCAAACUAUGUGUCUUUGUGUUUGUCCGAAGUUGUUUAAUACAGUGUAUAUUUUGUGUGUAUACACAUGAUCAACGUAACACGUAUAUAAGCCAAUGCGUACAGCAAUCGAUCACAACACGUUGAAUAGCUGCUACUUACUGAAGAGACUGUCAUGAGAGCGAAAGACAACAUCAUCCGUUUGGGGUAGCUAGCAUUCGUCGCUUUGGUCUUCCAUUUAUUUUAUUCGGUGGUAAAACUGUCGGGCGAAAAAUAAAAUAUCGGUGUAUAAAAUUGUCGUUUGAAACUGAUAUUAACGUGCAGUAAAAAUCCGUCGAAUAAGUGCAACCGUAUUGUGCGAAAUAAAAUGAUCCGAUGUAUACAUACAGUAUGAGGUGUAUACCUGUAGAAAUAAGAAAAUAAAAAUGAACAUGGAUAUUAAUACCUUGCGGUUUUGCGGUUGACAUAACGUGAUAUAAGGUGUUUUGUGUGUGGCUUAACUAUAUACAGUACAUCAUCAGCAUCAUCUUCGCUUCCAUCACAUAUCUACAAUUGCUCACCGAUGAAGACGUCUACUCCUUCUGUUUAUGGUCUUGCUGCUACUACCUGAACGGAGAAAAGAGAUAAGCGUCUUCUCCCGAGUAGUAUUUAAGAAAAGCUCAAGAAAGUGGCGAUGACGUCUGGACUGCCCAAUAAACUGCAACUGUUGUGGGAUUAUUUCAUUCACGCCGAGCCCCAGAGUUACGAGAAAUCCGAGUGGCUAGAUAUAUUUUUAGCAGAAUUACUCGUCCAAGUGAAAGAUGGUCGCGAUGUCAAAGAUGUACUUUCGUUCUGUUCAGGAGGUGGAAGUGGAGUUUCAACCCUCGUUGCUUGCGAACUGCUGUCCGAUGUUCACAUGCUGUGUGCAGUGCGCAUCGAUGGAGGUGAGCUUGUUGCUCUCAGGAAAUACUUAGUCAAAGGACGAGGAUGGCGAUGUUUGGCAGUUCUACAUCUGUUAGGGGUGAGAGGAUUAUCUUGCGGUCGAGAAUUGGUUGCAUUACUGGUUGCUUUAUAUCCAGUGGCUUUCCAAGAUAGCGGAGACGUAGUAACGAAAAAUCCUUUUGUGAAAUUUCACUGUAAUAACGACAUAGUUGAUACAGUGAAUAUAGUCCCUCACAAAAAACAGAAACAUGUUAAAACUAAGAGCAACUCAGAGAGUCAAUCGCAGAAAAAAAAAGUAAGGAAGCACAGCUUAGGAGCAAAAACGUUGUCGCAACAAAAAACAGAGACCAAAGCUUCUAUUGAAAAUGUAAGCAGUGAAUCUGAAAUACUCACCGAUGGAAUUGAUCAGGCAAGGUCACUGACCUUAAAAAUUCGAUUAAACCCAAUGGAUUUUGAAUAUUUCACAUCAGUUGUUAGAAGCGACGAAGAAGAGAAAUGGGAUACUCCUUUGUAUCAACUACCGUCACGUCCAAUCAAAAGAACACCUGAAUAUUUUAUGGAUAAUCGCAUAGAGAGUGUGUUUAACGCCUCUGUCAGCCCCUUUGAAGCCAGUUUAUUGAUUAUUCAGUUACUGCAAGGAUUGAGAGACUACGAUACUCCCGCUGAACAAACUCCUGCAGUUCAGGUCCUCAAGUUCGCCUUAGACACAUUAUGGGCAUUGCAGUUCGGAAUAGAUGGAACAAAUUUGAAUGGAACAGAAUGUGCCUCUCUAAAGGCUGCUGCAGCAAGACUUAUGCUCACUGCACUUGAACGAGUGCUUAGAGCUGAUGAGCCUACAACUGCUGUUAUACACAAUGGUUUGUUACCAAUGACUUUGAGAUUGCUAGAAGAUGCUUGUGGCAAGCCUGUUUCAGUUCUGACCCCAGAGGAAGGGUCGUUGCUACAAGAAUUUAUUUUUGCUACUACUUACGGAAUUAUUACAUUUUUAUACUGCCUGCUUCAUCAGCGUGCCACAGCAGAAAAACUGAAAGAUUUUUUAGAGCUUUUUCAACUGUUCACCGAAAGCCAAGAUGGCAAAAUUAUUGAACGUACUAUUCUAGCCAUUGUGGGGCUGCCUAGUGUUGACCAACAGAGAACAGUAAUCAGAGCCAGAAAAGUAAUCGAUAUGGUGGGAGCUUUAAUAAGUGCCUUGAAAGAAGUGAGGAUGGAAUUAUGUCACAUGGGACAAUGCCGUAAAACCAAGCACAAAUCUUGCGCAGACGUUACAGAAAAUCAUCAUCAUUUUGAUAUUUUGGGAAUUGCCUAUAUCGAACCAAUUGUAGGCUUUAUCAGCAAACAAAGUUGCUGUAUUUCAGCAUUGUUUAUGACACUAACCACCUUGUUGAAAGAAUCCCAUUUGUUCCCAGAUGAUUUGCAAGUUAGAUUAUUGAAAGUUAUAGCUGCAGCUGGAACGUGUUGCUGCUGUCCUCCAAAAGCCAUUCUAUCAGGAAUUGUUAUAUUUCUAAAAAAACGAAAUUCUCUCACUUACGCACCUGCUGUUGCAGUACUUGAACAAACUUUGUUCAAGGAGCUUGGUGCGUACCCAGGGCUGGACAUAUGCAAUACUUGCAGCAAACCCACAAAUUACUCCUGGGAUUUUCUAGAGCUGUAUUGUGAACUGUUGGAACCAGAUGACCCUAAAAUGUGUUUCAUAAUCAUGGCACAUUUGAUCAAAGUUACACCAAAUUCGAGCUUCUCUGUUCGUCGGGAGCUUUUAUUCAAAGUAUUUUACCCAAUAUUUCUAAGUGGUUUGAAAUGGUAUGAAGCUGACAAUAAUGAUGCAGUAGCAAAGUUUCUGAUACAAUCCUGUCUAUCAGUUAUUGCAAGCUCGAUAGUAAAUGCACCAAUGUGCGAGAAAUUUACGGAAAUGAAUGGACUUAACAAAGUCUUGGGAAUUCUAUCAGAUGUAACAUUUACUCGAAAUGUUUGUGCUUUAUUGGAAGUUGCCGUUACAAUGGAAACAUGGAAAGUUGGGUGUGAGGACCCAGGUGAUGUUGAAAGUGUAGCUACACCAGCUCUACUUUCAUUGUUUGAUUCGCUCGAGAGAGAAACUGGAAAGUUACUUGAAGUUUUAGAAAAUUGUAUGACAGAUAUUAGCAGCAGUGAAUGUAAAGAUGCCACUUCACUGUCAAGUGUUGAUGAAAAGGCUGAUCAAGUCAAACAAAUGGAUGAUCAAUUAUUGCGUGAGACUGAUGUAUGUAAUUUAGGAUUAGCGAAUAACCCACAAGUUGCCUGUGCCACAGAUAAGACUGAACUGAGUAACAAGACUGAGAAUUACUGUAAUUUGACCAAAAAUAAGUCUUCUAUAUCCAAUGAAAAAUCAAGUCACGAUCGUAUCUAUUUGAAGAAUAUUCUGAAUCAAGCUAGCUCAGUCUGGAGAGCAGCAGCUGGAGUUGCCCUUUGCAGUCCCAGAUUUCGUGUACAGUUGUCUAAUCAUCCUGUAUCAAACAAAUCUAUUCAAGUAUUCAGAAAACUAGCAAUGUGCAUCGCAUCUGAUCGAAUAAAGGAAACUGGUAAGUCAUCGCACCGUUUGAUGGAAGCCUUGCUAACUUGCUGUCUGACAUCUCCCUUGAGUGGAUGUGACGUAAUCAUAGAACUACGGAAAGCAUUGAUACAAAGUGGAAUAAAAUUAGGACAUGGUAUCGCAAUGCUGGUAGAAGCCUUUUUACGAGUUGCAAUGCUGAGACCAAGCCAGGAACAGACAAUGCCUCAACAAACUCGGCCGAGGCUACCUACAAUGGCUCUUGACCCAUUGCCGGAUUGUGGUGGAGAUGACAGCAGUACAGGAGAAUAUGUAACUGCAGAUGAUGGCUAUGAAGCCGAUGUCGAAGUUCCAGGGAGAAGUCCACAAAAUUCGUCUCCCAAAAAAUCAAAUCCAUUAGGGCCAGUUGUUGAAGCUAGAGGAUAUGCUACCGCGCAUCCAGCAUUGUGUUCUUUGGCAGUAGAUUUGCUGAUACAUUUCAGUGAGCAAGGUAUAGAAGGCGAAAGAGGUAUAAUCCUGACAGGAGGUUUGAGGCGUGUGGCAAUCACUUGCAGAGAAAGUGUCUCAAGUUGUGCAGCUCUCGCAGCCUCCGGAGCAAUAACGAGAAUACUUAAUGGCUUCAGAGAAUCACUUACUAGCACAACAUCACUAUGUCAAGAUUUACAACAUGCUGUACUAGAAGUGUUUACAUUACUGGCAACACAAUCAGUGACUCCUAUGGAACUAAUUUGUUAUCUAUCACUAUUCAAAGUUCAAUCCCCGCCACUACUAUCCUUGCUGGAACCUCUGUUUCGUUUGGUUCUUGCCGCCAGACCUCAGCCUAACUUUAUUUUAGCAUUUCCAAUUCCCGUGGAGGUAAAAAUAAUGCCAAAAGUUCACAGAAAGGAUUUAGAGAAAGCUGAAAAUUUAGUGAACAACUUCAGGAGAGGGCACUUGUCCUCUGGAAUAUGUAGUCCUUGGUCAGUGCAUGCGUUAUGUUUACCAGUUGGUCCUGAAUUGACUUGGCCAGUUUGGCUGCAUGGAUGUUCUGCGUCCAUGUGGCUCAGAGUCGAAAGAGGAUCUUCAAGCAUAAAUAGAGGAGUAGCCAUGCCAACGUCACCACUCCUUGGCUCUGGCAGCGAAAGCCUAUCGGACUGGGGAGUUCUAUCAGAUAACUGGAGUAGGGAAGUUGUGGCAGGUUCUGCAUCACCACCUACUCCUACGUCAAUCAUUCACCUGAUGUCAAUUGGCUAUGAGUCAUUGGUCUUAGAAACCUGGCUUGACCUCCGAUCUGAUAAGCUCAUUCUACGCCUAACUCGUCCCGAUGAUAAAACCAAUCGUACUAUCUCAGAAACUUCUAUAACGGGUACCUUUCCAUCAGGGCGAUGGCAUCAUCUAGCACUAAACUUUAAAGACACUGUAUUGAAUAAACGUAGUGCUGUGGUUGAAGUUGUGCUUUGGAUAGAUGGAUGGCGAGAAGCUAGAGCACAACUCCCAUUCGAUGGGCUGCUAGUAAGAAAACCAGGAACUACUUGUAUCUUGUUAGGUCAACUUGGACCGAACGGAAAUGGUGCCUGGUAUCUUGGAAACUUGAUGGUCUUCAGAUGCCCCGUAUUCACCAGAGAAAGAGCUUUGUACUUAGCCAGCCUUGGGCCAAACUACACCAGUCUAGCUGAGUGUCUGUUAAAUUCGGUAAAACCCGAUUUUGCACCACUAAUUGCAUCUGGAGCACUGAACGGAGUAAGAGAAUAUAAAUUUGAGGGAGGUAAAUUUGAUACGAGUCGGAGAAAGUCAUAUGGUGGUACAUAUCUACGACACGCAGUGGAGACUAAAAUAUCCGAUACAGAAAUUGACUGGGAAGCAGUCAUGGAUGCAACUAAUUCACAUUUAGGCGAAUUGCAGGAUAACUUACUUUUAAGUUACGAAGCCCAAAAUCCUAAUAUCGUACACUUGUAUCCACAAGCUGUAGCCAGCCCCGGAGCUGUUGUUGGAAACAUAUUUCCUGGUCAACCCGGAUUUAGAGUUAUAUCUGCACCUGAACAUCGAGUAUCACAGCAACCACCGCUAUCUGUAGCACCUAUUCUCACCACACGUUUAGAAUGUCAGCAAUACAGGGGACUGAUACCCGCAGCAAGUCUUGUAGGAGGGACACCUGUUUUUAUAUAUUUAUUUGCGAGAGUGGUUGAGUUAAAUUCUACCGAAGAAGAACAGGCCUUGGCUUUAUCCAUAGUUUUGCAUUUAGCACGAAGUGAUGCCGAGUUGUUGAAUCAGUAUCGAACUGAAGAUGGCCCUUCGCUUCUCCUGCGUGUAUUAGAAUCGCCACGCUGUCAUACUGGAAGACAUAUCCUCAAAGCCAUGUUAGAUGCAGCUUGCGACAGCUCAAUUCUAAUUAAAGAUAUUGGUAGUGGGAAUCACGCAAUAUCACAAAAUUGCGAAGCGGUCAUAACAGAUCCCGAAUUGAUAAAGGGGGCCUUGAGUGCUUGGAGAACCUGGGCCAAGUAUGAUACACUGAAUUUCUUACUGCAAGCAUUAUUGGUCUUACUAAGAGACCAACAUUCUCAAAGAGAAUUUAAUGCUUCGCAGCUAAAUAGAGUGGGAACUGUCGAUACGCUCUUGACACUUUGCAAGGAACAUUUCAUGUGCGAAGAUCUGGGUGCUUCCUUAGAUAACACAGUGGGUACAGCUGUUGUAGAGUUGGUGCAGGCAUUAAUGGGAGCACCGCCAGAGUUUGCGCAUUUGGUUGCGGUCACAGACUAUUUGGUAUUAGUUCAUCAGGCUUCAGAGACUUAUGUGACCCACGCGAGGCAUAACAUUUACUGUUUGCUGCCACCUUUGGAAGAGAAGAAGCCACCUAUCAGAAUCAGUUGUACUGCUAGUUCGUCAGAUGAAUCUAUUGGAAAUGUCGAUGCCAGUAAACUGAGUAAAGCUCUUGCCAACAUUCAGAUUCAGAAGAACCGAUCAGCUAGAAGAAAAGAACGUAAAAAUGGACCUCAGAGAGAGCCUAGUGCUGGUGAAGAUUCUGGAAUUGCAGCAAGCGAUGGGUCCGCCACUCAAGUGCCGAUUAAACCAUCUAUGUGGACAGACGAAAGACGAGCUUGUCAAGGAUUGGUGUGCGAAGGGCUACUUUUGUUGUUACGAGAUGCUCUGAGGAUGUUACCAGACAGUCAGGUUGGCUCGGUCUUGAAGCACGUAUUGAGAGCAGAAUUGUUACUUGUCUUAGCUAAUAAUCCUGAUACAAGAGUUCGUACGGCUUUGUUGAAGGUGAUUCAAACUUAUCUCGAACGUGCCAAUGAUGAGGAAGUGAACAAGUUCAUAAAGCAAAAAUAUUUCAUGCACCUAGCGAACCAAAUCUCACUCUAUCCUGGUAGUGAGCCUCUUGUAAUGGCUCUUGAAAGUUUGGCGGUGAGGGGACCAGGUGCUGCAGCAAUGCCACCACUUUUAGCUAUGAUCCCAAAAGCGGCUGCUACUGAUCCAAACAUUGCAAGACCCAUGGUUUCAUUCGUUACUGACAUGGUGACCAAGAAUCCGAAUGGGUUGAGAGCACUUCUUGAAUUGGGUUUAGCUGAAUCGAUAGCCCGAGCUUUGAUUGGGGCUGCACAUAGAGGCAGUUCCAUGUCAUUGCUUCAUGAUCUCCACAUUCUACUGGUUGCCAUUGCAACAAAACUGUUGGAAUCACCUGGCACUCCGCACAUGCAGGCUGUAGCAGAUUUGCAUUUCACACUUAGUUACAUGGAACUCAAGGAAAGAUCUCAGUGUGGCAUUGGUACUCACUGUGUGUCAGUUGCAAGGGAUGCACAAGUUGCAUUGUUCGAUGGGGAACUUGAUGCCUUAACUGCAAGAGUAUCAACCCAUCAUGGAUUUCGUUUACGCAGCACUGCAUCUUACCUUGCAUCAGUUCUUACUACGUCCAGUGAACAAAGCGAUCAUGGAUCACGAUCUUCAAGUUAUGGGAGCCUGCAAGGUACUUCGAGUGUGAUCAUUCGUGAAGCUGGUAAAGGAGAACUAAGUGAACGUCUGCGCGCAAUUUUAAUUCGCGCUGUAGAAUUUAUUACAACGGCAGACCAAUCUCCAUCAGCAAGUGAAUCAGAGCUGGCUCGUCGGUUGUUUUCCACGCUGUUACACGGAUUAGCUACACCGAAGGAAAGAAGAAACCCUUGGGGGAGUACCUGGUAUUCUAAACCCGCCUUAAGAAAAAACGCCGCCAGAAUUAUGGUUUGGUUAUUGGGGCCUCACCAGAGCAAUAACAUGAGAGUUUAUGCUGUACGGUCUCUGAUGGAAGAACCAAAAGUCAAAGACAUUCUCACAUCCCUUUUGGAAGUACAUCCUCAGAUCGAACAAAAAUUCACCGUAUUUUUAUGGGAUCUUUUACAACGACGAGAUGAGAUGCCUAGUGCUGAUGCCAGAGUAUGUGCAGAACUCAGAGAAGCUUUGGGCAUAUGGAACUUAACUAAAGGAAUAGAGCAAGCUACUCCAGGAUUAUGGGGAGAAGAAUUAGCUCUACUCAGAAGGGAGUUAAUGAGAGACAGAGAUAUAUGGAUGGAAAAUAAUUCUUCCGCAAUACAGAGAAUCGGUAACAAAUUUGAGCUGCUAACCAAACAGCUAAUGGAGGGUGCAAUGGCUGUGACACGAUGUGUAGUAGAAGAGCAAAAUCGAGAACGUAAAAUAUUCAUGGAGCAGUUGAAGCAGUCAAGAGCAAUGGUAGCGCAAGCUAUGGCUAGAUGGAGAGAUUUAGCUCGACGAUUAACACAUGAGAGAGCACCCUGGCAUUUCCAGGAAAGUUAUCCCAAAAGUUGGGAAUUAGACCCUACGGAAGGACCAGCAAGAGUGAGAAUAAGGAUGCAAAGGUGUCACUUGAAAAUGAAUAAAAGAUUUCUGAUGCCUGAAUGUCAAGAGAAAAUAGAAGUCGCUAACAUCGAGGAGCCUCUAUCCUAUCUGCUAAUAACCGAUCGUCAAGACGCAAACUCAAAGGCGUUAAUUGAAAGAUUGCAUACAACAGAAAGAAUUCGCAAAAUGGCGCAAGCUCGAGUUGUUACACCUGGUGCAGAACUACCGGGAGAAGCUCUCAUAGGCGAGAGUUGUCUCUAUUUUGUACCCGACAAUCCAGAUAUGCCUUUACACACCGAUAUUGCCCUGGGCGGCUUGGAUCUAGCAAUGGCUGGAGGAACUGCAUGGCGUCUGGAGGAUAUUCGUGAAUUGCACAGAAGAAGAUAUCAGUUGCAAGAACGAGCCAUUGAGAUAUUCAUUGUUACCGGAAGAACGUAUUUAUUGGCGUUCAAUUCUUCUAAGGAAAGAGACGAGUUUGCAGCACAAUUAUCAGCCUGCAAUUUACCAAGGAGAAUACCUGGCGAUGAUCUAGGAGAGGCACUCGCACUCUGGCGUAGCGGGGCGCUAACGAAUUGGGAAUACAUUACUUGCUUGAAUAAACUCGCUGGUCGAUCUUACAAUGAUUUAAUGCAGUACCCUGUAUUUCCAUUUGUGUUGUCCGACUACACGAGUCACAGAAUUAAUUUAGACGACCCAAAAAUUUAUAGAAAUUUUAAACGGCCCAUGGCGGUACAAGACAAAAAAAACGAACAACACUACGUUAAUAAUUAUAACUAUCUGAAACAGGCUCUUAUGGAAGGUCUGAAUCUCAUAGCAUUAAAUCAAGAACCAUUCCAUUAUGGUUCCCAUUACAGUAACUCAGGAACAGUUUUACACUUUUUGGUCCGACUUCCACCAUUCACCAGCAUGUUCCUUUCAUAUCAAGAUGACAACUUUGAUAUACCGGAUCGUACAUUCCACGCACUCGCAACGACAUGGAGAUUGACGAGCUGUGAUUCUACAACAGAUGUUAAGGAACUCAUCCCUGAAUUUUUUUACUUGCCUGAGUUUUUACUCAAUUCAGAAGGAUUCAAUUUUGGUGUAAGACAAAAUGGUAACAGAGUUAGUGAUGUUGAACUUCCCUUAUGGUGUGGUGGUGAUGCUCGCCUGUUCAUAUUAGCACACAGGGCUGCAUUAGAAGCGGAACCUGUCAGAGAAGUUUUGCCAUAUUGGAUAGACCUUGUCUUUGGAUUUCGACAAACUGGAAGACCCGCGGUAGAGGCCAUUAAUGUCUUUCAUCCUGCAACAUACUAUGGAUUCGAUGUUGAGCAAAUAGCUGAUCCUUUAGAACGCCAAGCCUGGGAAACGAUGGUACGUACUUAUGGGCAAACACCCGCGCAGUUAUUCAGAGCUGCCCAUCCAUUGGCAAUUCAAAAUUUCGGAAUAUCUACGCCAACGUCACACAUUCCCCCGGUUAUUGAAGGAGUAACAGGGAUAAAAUGGGGCAAUUAUGUCGGAGCCCCAGGCAAUGAGCCUGUGUUAUGCUGGAAACAUAAACACAGAUCUCCAUUGGUUUCCCUUGUUCCGCUUUGCACCGGCGAUGUCUUCGGACUACCGGUUUGUACGACUUUAUUGCUUGGGUACAGCAAAGAAAAAGGUGCAAGUAUGUUGAGUGGCGCAUCAGUCUUUGGAGCUGCGCUAGCGUCUUGGGGCGGUAGCGACGGCAUUGCAAGACUAAAAUCUAAAAAAGAACAGCCUCCUAGACCUUUAUUGAGAUCGUCUGGACUAGAUUCGAUCACGAUUUUGGCAUCAGUCCCCGAUUGUGGGCAACUCUGGAUAGGUCAUUUGUCUGGCAGAAUAACUGUGUAUAGUUAUACGGUUGGCGCUGUUGGGAAACUUGAAUUUAGUUCAUCUCCACCUUCUUCUCUGUUGGCACAUAGGUGUGCAGUGACUGCGAUCGCCCUAUCAAGAGCCUUCAGUAUUGCUGUGUCGAGUGACAGCGAAGGGGUUGUUGUUAUUUGGGAUCUGAACAGCUUAUCAUACAUCAGAUCGGUGCAGUCUGAUUGUUGUUACCCUGUAAGUUUGCUAUCAAUCAGUGAAACGCUAGGAGAUAUAGCGAUUGUGUAUAAUAUUCCCAACGAAGGUGAAAACAAUUCAUGCGGCAACAAUUCAGAACUGGGGGUUUACACAAUAAAUGCUCGCCCGGUUGGGUCAGUUUUAUCCAGAAGAACAAUAACUGCAUUGUGCUAUAGCAAUGCUCCAGAAGGUGUUUCCGUCAAUGUUAUAGCAACGGGCUUGGACCACGGAGUAAUACGAUUAUGGAGUAGUUGGGAUUUAAGACUAGUCAGAGAAAUUGUCAAUGGUGGUUCAGGAUGCGGUGCUAUAAUCGCAAUAGCAUGGGCUCUGGACCAGCAUCAUUUGUACGCGGCAGCUGAAGAUUCUACGGUACUAAUUUGGGAAGGAGUACGUCGCUUGAGUAACGGCACUCCGAAAUUCGUCAAUUUGUCCUCGCUUUAGGUUGUUAUGAAAUUAAAAGUAGGCCAGAUAACAAAUAAUGAGGAAUGGAUGAUUAUUUUAUCGAUUGUAAAUACAAAUUAUCUGUUUAGUUUUGUAGUCAUCAUAUCCCAGUUUUAGAUUUUAGUAUAAAAUAUAUUGAAUGAAAAGCUUUGAAUGUUAAACUGGUUAAUAUUUAGAUGAGAAACAUUUAAUUAUAACAUUUAUUAGGAUUUUUUAAUAAAAUUUUUCAAAUUUUA